GUGUUAUUAUGCGGACUGCCGCUCAGCCGAAGCCCCGGGCGCUCUGCAUUCCAGCCCGGCUCCCUGCUCGGGAGAGGUGGCGUUGUGCUGUAUUUAAGCGCCGCGUUCCUGCAAGCCGGCGCCACUGAAGUGAUAGUUAAUGCACCGAGCCCGGACCCUCUCCUGCUGCGGACACCCGGCACGAUUCUGUCGUCUCAGUUGUUGUUGUUUUUAUUUUUACCACUACUAUUAUUGACAAUAUGCCGAUCCGGAAGGCAGAGUUAGGUUCCAUAGAAAAUCCGAUCAAAUUUCAGGAUCAGGACUUCGACACUCUCCGGGAUGAGUGUCUGAGGGCUGCGUCUUUAUUUUGUGACCCUGCAUUCGCUGCCGACCAGGACUCCAUCGGUGUGCCCGGGGACCCGGACCCCAGCAAGGAGACCAAGUGGCGGCGACCCAAGGAGAUCAGCAAGAAUGCCGUGUUUGUGGAGGGCACGACUGGGACCACCGAUAUCUGCCAGGGCCAGCUGGGUAACUGCUGGCUCCUCGCUGCCCUGUCCUGCCUGACCAUGCACCCCAAACUUUUUGUGAAGGUGGUACCACCCGAACAAAACCUAUCUGAGCCCUAUGCCGGAAUCUUCCAUUUCAGGUUCUGGCAGUAUGGUGAGUGGGUGGAAGUGGUGGUGGAUGACAGGCUGCCGGUGCGCGAGGGCCGUCUGCUCUUCAGCUACUCUCACACCCGCAACGAGUACUGGAGCGCCCUGGUGGAGAAGGCCUACGCCAAACUGAUGGGCUCGUACGCGAGUCUGAAGGGGGGCAACAUUUCGGAGGGGAUGAAGGACUUCACGGGGGGCAUCGCGUACUCCCUCCCUGUGUCCUCCCGUACCCCACCAGUACUCUGGAGGGCUCUCGCAGCCGCCCUGUCCCGCGGCAGCCUGCUCAGCUGUUUCAUACAGGCCAGCAGCUACAGUGAGGUGGGUAAGGUGACAGCAGAUGGGCUGGUCAAGGGCCAUGCGUACGCCAUCACUGACAGUGACAAGGUGAUGAAGGCAUCGAAGGAAACUUUGCUGCUUCGACUGAGGAACCCCUGGGGUUUUGUGGAAUACUCUGGACCCUGGAGCGAUACGAGUAAUGACUGGAAUGAUGUGGACAGCGCUGAAAAAAAAAGGAUUGAGCUGAAAAAGAAAGAGGACGGAGAGUUCUGGAUCAGUGCAGGGGACUUCAGCAAGCUGUUUGAUACGGUCGAGUUAUGCAGUUUGAACCCCGACAACCUGAUAGGGGCACAGCACACCUCACCUGCCUCCCCUUCUGUCUGGACCAUCAGCGAACACGAGGGCGCCUGGGUAAAAGGAAGCUCCGCCGGAGGAAGCCGCAGAUACCACCGAUCAUUCUGGAAGAAUCCCCAGUUCGAGUUGGUUCUCUCAGAGCAAGACAAGCCAGAUGAGGAUGAUGAGGAUGACGAAGAGGAUGAGGAUGAAGAUGACGAGGAGAUGACCCCGGAGGAGGAGAAGCGAGCGGAGAAGCAAAGGAGAAAAGGGAACCAGUGCACGGUGCUGGUGGAGCUCCUCCAGAAGGACCGGCGGGUGAAGAAUAAAGUCAACUUCCUGUACAUGGGAUUCCACAUCUACAGGGUCCCCCCUGAGCUUCAGGGUUUGUGCCUGGACCAGAAAUUUUUCCGUAAAAAUCGCCCCGUGGGCCGCUCUGGGAAGUACAAGCCUCAGAGGGCUGUGUGGAGGAAGGUGUGUUUGGACCCCGGCAGCUACGUCAUUGUGGCCUCCACCUACCGACCCAACAUGCCGGCAGAGUUCUUCCUUCGCAUCUUCUCCAAGACUGGCAACACCCUGGGGUCAAAGGAUUUCACCUGCUCCUCUGCCCUCCUCAUGGUUAUGUCGAAGCCAGUCUCCCCAGAGGACCACCUCAGAGUUCAGCAGGUUUUUGAUGCUGCGGCAGGACCAGAUGACAGGCUGGACGCUAAGGAGUUUGUGAAGCUGGCCAACUCAGUUCUGGAGGAAGGGUACCAUCUGCCUCUCGAGACAUGCAGACAGCUCAUCUUUGGAGAGGACACUAAAGGGUUCUGCAGGCUCAGCCGUAAACAAACAGAGAGCCUGCUGUCCAACCUGCGUACUCUGCAGUCCAUCUUCUUCCAGUUUGAUGAGGACUCUUCAGGAACAAUGAGCCCCUUCGAUCUCAGCUUGGCACUACAUGCUGCUGGAGUCCAGUGUGACGGGAAGGUGGUUCAGUUGGUGUCGGAGAGGUUCAGCUCUGGAGAGCUCCACAUGCCCUUCAGUGGAUUUGUGUCUUGUGUCACAAGGCUGCGCAAGCUAUUUGCCCUGUAUGAAACAGAGGCCAGUCGAGAGGUAAAAGACAGAGGGAUCAAUCCUUGGCUGCUUCAACUCCUGGCUGUGUGAAGUGGUUCUCCACCUCGGCUCCACCCAGCCUUUCUGCUUAUCACCGCAGCAGUGUCAUUUCUCUAUCUAUACUAGACCCCCCCCCCUUCCUACACACACACACACACACACACACACACACACACAGACCCCUGACCCUCAGUCACCCCUGCUGGAUGUCUUGGGCUCCAUCAGAUAAGUGGCUCUGUAUCACAUCACAGCUUGUCGUCUCCUUUUCAGUUCAGCAAAGGAUGCAUUGCUGACCACGGAGCGGAGGGAAUAUUAGGAUGGAUGUCUUGU